AUGCAACAAGGUGAGGAUGUUGAACCAAAAUUUGUCAAUGAGUGCAGACAGAGAAAUGAUUGGCCAAAAUGGAAAGACGCAAUUCAAGCGGAAUUGACUUCACUUGAAAAACGUGAAGUUUUUGGACCAAUAGUCCGAACACCUGAAGGUGUCAAGCCAGUAGGGUACAAAUGGAUUUUUGUGCGAAAACGAAAUGAAAAAGGUGAAGUCGUAAGAUAUAAAGCACGACUUGUGGCACAAGGUUUUUCGCAAAGACCUGACAUUGAUUAUGUGGAGACAUAUUCUCUUGUGGUAGAUACAAUUACCUUCAGGUAUCUAAUAAAUCUGGCAGUUCAUGAAAAGCUUGAAAUGCGUCUAAUGGAUGUUGUCACAGCCUAUUUAUAUGGAUCAUUAGACCACGAUAUUUUCAUGAAAGUUCCUGAAGCAUACAAUGUGCCUGAAGCAUAUAAAAAUUCGCAAGAAAAAUUAUUCGGUAAGGCUUCAGAAAUCCUUAUAUGGAUAGAAACAAUCAGGGCGAAUGUGAUUGAGCAUUUGAAAAAUGUAAUUUUUGCCCAUCAAUCAACAUACACAGAAAAGGUUUUAAAGCGAUUUUACAUGGAUAAAUCACAUCCAUUAAGUACCCCGAUGGUUGUGAGAUCGCUUGACAUACAUAAAGAUCCAUUUCGACCGCAAGAAAAUGAUGAAGAGCUUCUUGGCAAUGAAACUCCAUAUCUUAGUGCCAUUGGGGCGCUUAUGUAUCUUGCUAAUAAUAACUCGACCAGAUAUCUGUUUUGCAGUAAGUUUAUUGGCAAGAUUCAGCUCGUCCCCAACAAAGAGACAUUGGAAUGGAGUCAAACAUAUAUUAGGAUAUCUUUAGGGAACCAUUGA